UGUGUUUUCAUGGAGGCGUUGGAGAGUUUGAAGGAGCGCACACAGAAGAUGCGGGAGAAGAUUAGAAGACAGACAGAGUUACACGUAGAAUUAAAGAUGCUGCACAAGGAAGAAGAUGCUUCUAGCGCCGCUGAGAGGGCGGAGAGGGAGAGGACGCAGGAGCUGAGGAAGCAGGAGGAGGAGAGGAGGCUGGAGGAGGAGCACGUCCAACUGAUGGAGAGGAAAGAGGAGCUGAAGAGUCAAGUAGAGCGGCACGCUUUGUACAAUAAAUACAUGGAGCGGGUUGUCCAAAUGACAAAGUUCGAGGAUGUGCAGCAGCUCACCAACCAUCUAGAAAGUCUCCUCCACUUCAAAGAGCAGCUGUAUCAGAGGGACGCCGAGUCCGACCAGCAGCUGGAGGAAAAGAAAAAAGCCCUGGUGACGCUGAAGGACCGGCAUGUGUUGGUGCGGCGGCAGAGGACCAGCGAGCUGUCGCAGCUGCAGGCCGGGCUCACCGGCACGCUCUCUGAAGUUGCAGCAUGGGAAAAGAAGUGGAACCACAUUCAAGAAACAGCCGCGAAGAAAACCCUACAACUGGGGGAGCUCAAGAUGGCCGCCCUCAACGUCUUUGAAUUGACGGGUGGGAACGAAGACGAAGAGGAACCUGUGGACAUUAACGACACAGAGAAACAGCUGGAGAAGGUUCAGAAGUUCUUCCAGGACCAUGAGGAGUUCCUGAGACAUCAUCAAGCUGCCUCACCGAAACACAAAGAUAACGGAAAAGGAAAGAAACAAGAUCAAAGAGUCCAAAGUGGCUCUUCUUAAAACAUAUAAAAGUUUGUAUUUCAUGUCCAAGUGUUUGCAAGAGUGAAACUUUAAACGCUGUGGGCUGAGGACGGGGGACAAAGUGUAACUUUGAACACAGCG